UCGCACAAAUGCGACUUCAACUCCAACAACCCACCCUCUUCUUUACCAAGUUCCCCAAACCCCAAAUCUGCUCCUUCACCACCAUGGCCACCAUGCCAAACUCAAGCGGCGAAGCGGACUCAACCACAAAUCCCAAUUCCCAAAACGACCUUCAAAACCUACAGAAUUACCCAGUGCCACUCUCUCCUCGUCCUCCUCUUAUCUCCAAGGACAUAGAGCUCAGCAGAGCAAUGUCUGCCAAGUCCAACUCCUUCUUUGGGUUGCCAAGACCUGAUGUGAUAUACCAGGACCAGUGGUUCGUUGUUGUGAACAAGCCUCAGGGUUGGUACUGUGAACGAGUCUUCGAAUCGGUGCCUAUGGCUCUGUGUGAGUGUGACUCGGCCGAGUCAGGGAGCCCUCCAGAGCUUCAUCUUGCUAAUAGACUUGAUCGUGACACCAGUGGUGUUAUGCUAAUAACAAAGUCCCACAAAGUAGCCUCUAAGAUGGUUAAGGAAUUCACUGAUCACAAGGUUACCAAAACAUACAUUGCCCUCUGCGUUGGUCCAGCUCCAAAAUGGGAAAAAAUAACCAUUAAAUCAGGUCAUGGACGGUCAAAAUUUGGGGCUUAUCGUGUGUAUGCUGCAUCAGAUGUGGGCCGGGUACUACCAGGUGGGUCAAUGGUCAAAGACAUGGAAACCUCAUUUGAAGUAUUAUCAAUAAAUGGACAAGGGUCCUUCAAAGAGAGAUCUGAAUUUAGGAAAGAUGAAGAAAAUACUGUAGUAGUUGAAGAGAAAGCUGUAACAGACAGUGAUGUGAAGAAGGAUGAGGUAGUGGUAAGAGCUUAUCCUCGGAAUGGAAGAACACAUCAAAUCCGCUUGCAUUGCCAGUAUCUUGGAAUUCCUAUUAUAGGGGAUGUGAAAUAUGAGGGUGUCAAAGAGUGGAAAGGGAAAAGUUAUGAUGGUCAUGAACUUCAUGCAGAGAGCUUGUCGUUUGAGCACCCUGUUACUGGUCUUCCAGUAACGUUUUGUGCACCUCUGCCUUUAUGGGCCAGCCAGGCAUUGCAACAAUAAUACCAAAAGGGCCUACUUUGUUUCCUGGUGGACUGUUAGGGCUGAGGAAGAUUCUCACAAUGUUAUGGUGAUUGGUGAGAUACUAUGAUAUUAAGACUUUUUGCUAUUAUGAGGUGCAAACUGGAAUUUUGUGCAUGGACAUGAUGCUAUAGAUUUCUGGCGGGCAUCUGUAUGGCCAAUUCAUAUUCAUUGGGCUGGUAUCUCACCCUUUCAAUUGCCAGGUGCUCUAUACAAAGGUCUGUUGCUAAAAGCAAAACAUGAGGGCUCCAAGUAAAAGGACAGUUUUCUUUUAAAUUGGUUUGAAGAAAUCUCCUCCAACCAAUUACAUGGCAUUUAGAUGACUAAACACAUGUACUUUAAUCACAUGACAUGUUAAACCAUAUUUCAUCAAGUAACUUGACUAUUAAAUUGAUCACGUGUGGAUGAUCAAUUGAAUGCCAUAUAGUGAGUUGGAGGGAAAAUUAUGUUCCAAGCAAAAUCCCUCUUUUGAUGGAA